UUUCGAGAUCUCUGGGAGAAUGAUGAUCUGACCCGGAGGAUCUGAUGCCGGCGGUGAGGGCAUGGCCUCAGCCACAUCAGCGGUCAGGUCGUCCAGCGACCAUCUUCGUCGGCGCCGUCUGCCUCACCGUCGCCGUCUGCUACAUGGCCAUCCUCACCAUGCUCUCCCGCAAAGUCCCGGCCGACAUCCCCACAUCGGCCGACUUCCCCGAGAGCCCUGGUGCGGCUGCAGUGACAAAGAAGCAUCCCCGUCGGUACGUCGACCCGCGCCUGCUUGAGGAUCGAGUGGAGGUGCUGGAGAAGGGGAUUGAGAUGAUGAGGAAGGACGUCCAGCGGUCUCUACGGGCAGCCGAAAGGGGUCAGCUCAUGGCCGACUUCCUCGCCGGUGAAAAUGGAUGGAUGGCAGGCACCCAUCGAUGCUUAAACAAAGAGGGUGUCCGUUCCUUCCUGCGCAGGCCCAGAGGGUUUCCCUUUGGACGCCACACCAGGGCCGCUGAGUCUGUUGCGUCUGCGGCAGCGGAUGCAGGGCGUGGAGACUGCUGUGCUGAUCAUGGUCUGCGACAGGCCUGAAUACACCACACGCACACUGCAGGUCAUCCAAGCAGCCAGACACACUAACGAUAAGCACCCUCACUGUCUGUCUGUCUGUCUGUCUGUCUGGCCACACGCAGUCUGUGUUGAAGGCGAGGAAGGGGCAGGAGGAGCUUUUCCCUGUCAUUGUCUCGCAAGUAGGGGCGGCUGAAUCGCGCGUGGCAACGGGCGGGUGGUCGCCGAUUUCCUCCCUCUCCUGCCCAUGCAGGAUGGCGUUAGCAUGGAGGAAAUGAAGGCAAUUGAGGGCUUCAGGUAGGUAAGGCGGGUGAAGACCCUGAAGAGAAACAGACACAUGCCCACCGACUGUUUCGUUGUGUGUUCAGGUCUGAGGUCUACCACAUGGUGCAUGCGCAAGACCGCCAAGUGCGCACCAAACGGGCGCAGCACUUCAAGUACUUAAACACGGCACAGCCCCUCCGCUUGGCUCGCUUCCCCUCAAUUUGUAUGUCUCUGUUGCGCGCCCAGGUACGUGUUGAUAGCCCAGCACUACUACUGGGCGGUGGAGAUGACUUUCGAGCGGCUGGGGUUCGAACACGUCAUCAUCAUAGAAGAGGACAUGGAGGUUUGGUCGCCACACAGACACAGACACAGACACAGACAGGAUACCGUCUGUUCUUUGUUUGUGUGCUCAGGUGUCUGGUGACUUCUUCGGCUACAUGCGUGCAGCGCAGCCUUUGUUGCACAGGGACCCCACCCUGCUGUGUGUCAGCGCGUGGAAUGACAACGGGUCAGGCCACUGCGGACGGAGAGGGAGACACACACAUGAGGUCUGUGUGGUGUGUUGUGGUGUGGUGUGGUGUGGCCAGGAAGGCGUCUCUCGUGUCUGAUGAGACGGCUCUCUAUCGCACUGACGUCUUCCCAGGUACACACACGCCGAAUGGGGGCAGGUGCCCAUUCCAUGAUUUCGAUGUAUGUGAAGGUUUGGGUUGGAUGUUGUCGUAUCGCAAGUGGGCGGAGGUGAGGGGAGACUGGCCAGUGCGUGAGGGAUACUGGGACGAGUGGAUGAGACACACCAUGAUCAAACGGGUAGGUACGCCGUGCCGUGUCAUCGAGUGAGUGAGACAUGCGACAUUUCACUCGUCUGUCUGUCUGUUUGCAAGCGAGCAGGGUUACCAGUGCAUCCGUCCUGAGAUCAGCCGCUCCUACACCUUUGGAGAGCAGGGCGUGGACAAUUCUUCGACACGUAAGCACUCUCGAGACACACCGCACCCUGCCAGCCCCUUUGUGCAGUCUGUCUGUCUAUUUGUUUCGUGUGUCUCGAACGAAAGGCAUCUGGGCCCGAUCCUUUUGUACGAGGGCUCGGUCGACUGGAACGCCGUCUCCCUCGCAUACCUGCAGAAAGACGCAUUCGACCAACACAUACAGGCAAACAGAGACACAGCAACAGAAAGGCAUCCCUCUCCUCACCAACCAGCCCCUUACCUCUUGCCCAAUAUGUGCAGGACCUAAUCAUGAGGUCACAAGAGGUCGACAUCGCAGCUCUCCUUGCCAGCCCAUCCCCACCAGCACCACCCCCUAGACCAUCCUCGCCCAGUGGGCGAUGCCUCAAGGGUUCGGUGCGGAGUGCCUAUGAGUUGAGGAGGGACUGGCUGCAGUUGGCGCAUCGGUUCAGUCUGAUGGAGGAUCUGAAG